GAUGGCUGUCUUGGGUGUACCUGCUGUCUUUCUGUCAUCCCUGCUGUUCCUGUGUCUGUUUCCCAUCACACCGAACGCUCAGACUCGAUGUCCAAGAUCCUGCAACUGUCCAAACAUAAGAGAGGUGCACUGCACCUUCCGCCAUCUUACAGCUCCCCCAUUCAACCUGCCUAGGGACAGUGAGCGCGUUAAUCUAGGUUAUAACAGUCUCACAGGUGUGGCUGCUUCAGAUUUUGGAAAUCUUCUUCAGCUGGAGAUGCUCAUGCUCCAUGGGAAUGAUAUCAAAUAUGUGGGACCAGGAGCUUUUUAUAAUUUACGCCAUUUACAGAUUCUGAAGCUGAGCUACAACAAGUUGAAGACUGUCUACCGGGGCCUGUUUGAGGGACUGACCGGUCUCAUUCGCCUUCAUCUAGAUCACAAUCUUAUUGAUUUCAUAGAGCCCUUGGCCUUGAAUGGACUUACGUCACUAAAGCUAUUACAGCUGGAUGGGAACCAAUUAAGAGACCUACACCCCCACACAUUUGUCACACUCUCUUUUCUUGGAAACUUCUGGGGCUCUGGCCUUCAUCACCUUCACAUUUCGGAUAACAAUCUGAAAUACCUUUUGCCUGGCAUUUUGAAGCCCCUGAAUAAACUGGAAAGUUUCUCUGUGCACGGUAACCCUUGGACUUGUGACUGCAAUUUAAGAUGGCUGUUAGAGUGGAAUGAGAAGCACCAGGGUGUAAUUAAGUGCAAAAAGGAUUCUGGUAACAUUGUAAACUGUGCCACAUGUGUCUCACCACAGCUCCUGAACAACAGCCAAGUCUUCCAACUAAGAUCUGAACAGCUAGACUGCAAACGUCCCUCCAUUGAGUCUCCUCUGAAAACUGGGGAGAUAAGCCAGUGGGAGGAUACUGAGCCAGACCUUCCAUAUAUCAAAGAUCUUGAGCCUCCACUGGGCCAUCUUACAUUUGCAUUGUCAGACAGUCACGGGAAUGUGGCCCAUGUUGCCUGUGAAAUGAGUCGACCCACAGAGAGCACAUCAGUGGUGUGGGAGACCCUCAAGAGCUCUGGGGUCAUGGUGAAUGUGACGUUGAUGAGCCUCCUUGAGUGUGACAUUGACAGGGAUGAGCUGCACAACAUGUGGAGGCUUAUUGCAUAUUACUAUGAGAGUCCUGCUUUAUUAGACCGAGGUGCGAAACACGAGAACACUUCCCAGGUUAGUUUUCAAUACUCCCAAGCCGUUAAUGAGGAUUCUUCAUAUUUUACAGACCUUAAAGGACACAUAAUGGCUGAGCCCUCAUGGCUGUUACAACCAAGAAUUACACUCCAGCUUAACCGACGCAAAACCACAUCAAAAAAGCUUGUGUUAAACUUUAGCACAUUCCUCACAAGUCACAAAGCAUCACAUGAUAAAGAUGUAUCAUCCUGGGCUGUGAUACAACGAGGAAUGGCAACACAAAUCCAGUCAGCCAGUAAGGGAUCGAAUGUGACUUUUGAGUGUAACGUACACAGCUCAGGACAACAACAGGUAGAAUGGAUGCAUCCUGACUUGACACUUCUUGAAAAAACUGAUUCAGAGAACAUCGUAACUGAGGACAAUAAAAUACAUAUUAACAAUGUCACUGUCUCGGAUUCCGGCCUUUAUCACUGCAUAGUAAAGACUGAAAUGGAUGUGGAUACAGUGUUCUUCCGGCUAGCUGUCAGAGAACGACAGCUAAGUCCAAGUGCUCUCAAUGGCAAGAAGAUUUCUGUGGAGAGUGGGAGUGUGCUUUCACUCGACUGUUCAGUGUCAUCACCUCAUCCGAGUGAAAUCAGCUGGUAUCUUCCCAAUUCUAAGAUUCUUACAACCUCCCAGCCAAAGGGAAGAGUAUCUAUGCUUCAGAACAAUACCCUGGUUAUAACUGAUGUGAGCCAUACUGAUGCAGGGAUAUAUAGCUGCUUGGCAAUGAAUCUCUAUGGAGUAGAUAUGCUUUCACAUCUUCUUGUUGUCGCAAAUGAAAACACGGAAGAGAAAGAAAAAGUCCGCAUAAAUGAAAGUGAAUUUCCUCUGGCUGAAAUUGAGAUUGAAAAUGAGGGGUCAGGUUAUGAGGAGAUAGAGUAUCCACUUCCAAAACAACCACAACAAACAUUUCAAGGGAAAGAAAGAGGGUCUGCAGGGACUUCCGGAGGUGUUAAGGGAGACAGAGGGAAGCAGAGCUCCAGAAAGGGGAGCACAUCUAUAGAAGAGAUGGCCUCCACGUAUAAGGAAAAAGUCAAUGUUGAAGGUCCAUCACUGCCACCAUAUACCCAGAUAACAACAAUGGAAUCACAAAGAAAUGUCACACAUACCAUAAGUACCACCACCACAGUAGCUACAAUUAUUGCAGUAAUGAGAACAGAUAAUGUAGAUGAAAUGAAUAGCACAGGUCUUGAAAAACAUGUGUCAAAACUAAAUCAGGCUGAUACAUCAAUUUCAAGAGAACGUAUGAAAACUAUAAACCAUCACAGCGGAGAUUCAGAUUCUCCUGGAGAAAGCAAUGACACGUGGACCCGACAGUCCAAAUCUGAACGCACAAGGUCUGAAAUCAAUUUGAGAGACAGAUUUAAUAUGAACUCCAAUUUAACACAGAUAUGGAGACGCAGAAGACCACCACUGCGAAGACCUUACCCUAACAGAUAUUCUCCUGAUUCUAACAAGGAUAAAACAACCAAUACUUCAAUAAAUAUAACACGGAGUAAAACCACAAUCAGGGAUCACACAAAUUUAGCACGUAGAAAUAUGAAUAGAAAUGGAAAGCAUCGGUCUAGGAAUAGAGAUGUUUAUUCUCCAGCUACUACAAAGCAAUCUUAUAAUGAGCUCACUAACGCUGGGGAGCACACUACAAAUACAGUUAUUAAUUAUACCACUAAAUAUGUGACAUUUUCAUAUGACCGCACAACACUAGUAUCAAAAAAGGAAUCUAAUGUUUAUCCAAACAGGAAAAAUGUAAAGGAUACAAAGAAUGAACAUAUAAACAGUAAGAAUAUAAACACCAAAAUAAAUGACAGCAAACAAAAGCCACUGAUUAUCACAUCAACAACUUUCUCUCCCAGAAAACAUGAGACGACCAUUAAUAUUCCUUUAUCUCCUACAGCUGAGACUUCUGUAGGCAUCACAGCACAACCAACUGUUACAAAACCCAUCCUGUAUCAAAAGGUAAAAAAAGUAAAACACCACGAAACAAACUCAAAACACCAUGACAUAACAAGGCAUAUAACAUCAACACCUGAUACUAUUCCUACCCAACCCUGGAUUCAGAGACAACAUUUUUGGGAAAGAAAUCCAUUAGCACCAACACAGAGACCCAAUGCUUUUGCCCCUACGAGUGGUUAUCCUGGGCACUUUCCCAGUCAUGCAUCUACGAACUUUCAACAAUGGAACUUCUUUGUGACCAGUCAACCAGAGAUCACAAGCUGGCCUCUGAGACUCACGACUUCCAUCCAUCACACUAUAAAUGGCCGUACCGUCGCCCCUCACCCAACUCUUCAUCCAUCUUCAUCCAGUGCCAAGGAUUUCUUGCGGCUCUCCAGGCUUCGCAACCGAUACAGACAGUCUCGGUUAAACUUCCUUUCCUUGAAGUUUGGGAGGCUUGUUACCCCAAAGCCACGGAUUAUCAAACCCACUCCAAGACCUGAGCAGGCCCCUAAGAUGUCCAGUAGCUUCAAGCCUAUAACACCUCCCCCUACCUCCACAGCCACUACCAACCCAUACUCCACAGCUAGUAUGAUGUAUGGCAGCCAGUGGUACGACAGAUACGCAAGAUCACAAAAACUUAGCACAGCAGUAUCCUUUCCAGACCUGAUGGCUAGUGGAUUUAAGCCACAAAUUUCCUCUAUGAAUACAGUUGUCGUCUCUGCUCCACCCGAAACAGAUGUGUAUCUUCCCUGCCAGGCCAUUGGUCGUCCCCAACCUACGAUUUCAUGGAAGAAGGUGUCCUCAGGUGAGCAUGAGGAGCAACUUAUUAUUAUACUUAAGGGUUAA